GCGCGGCCGAUGCAAAGCGGCUGCUACACAGGAGGAGGUGGCUCCCUGAUGCCGCCGCAGCUCAAGGAUCUCCAGGUGCCUGGCGAUGAGGCCAAGACGGACUCUACUGUCCGAGGACAUCCCUGGCCAUUGGAUGCCUCGGAGCCUUGUGAGCGAUGUGGCCGUCGAUGCUUGGCUUUCCUCCCCUUACAGGGCUCACUCAUGGAGCACAUCUGGGGCUGCGAGGCAUGCGUCGUGUGCCUCCGCUGUGGCUUCGCCCGUCCAGACAGCGGAGAAACACGUGCCCAGAUGCUCUUAGGUGACGAAGUGCUUGAAGUCACGACUUCCAUGCUGCUUCGUCCGGGACGAGCCGAAGCGGUGCAGCGGUGCAUCGCGCGCGUGCUACGAGUGGAGAGUUGCGUAUGCUGCGUUGGCAUGGUCAAGGAGGCCGCCUCCAUACGACCUACCAGGUCAUCGAGUCGAGUUGCAUCCGUUUCGUUUGGUCUCGCGGACACGACGCUGGCCGCUGCGGCCACUGUCAUGACGAGAACUGACGAUCUGGACCCGCGGGAGCGAAGAUCGCGGCCAUUCGCCCACGACUUGACUUGGAUCACGUCCAGCUUGGCAGACACAGGACUCGACCUGUUCUACAACAAGGUGAGGGAUCUGUCUGUGGACGUUACUGUCGAAGAGAUUGACGAUGUACGGAUGCUCCGGCUGCGCAAGGAGGUCUCUCCGUUGAUCCUCUGGCUGGAGCUGGCUUACGUCUUGAGUCCGGAGUUCGAUCUCAUCACGUGGAAUGGUGCUUUGGCCAAGAUCUUCGGUGCUAUUAAGCUCCCGGCAGCAGUGCUGAUGCGCAUGAACAUCAACAGGUUGCGAUACAUGGCCGGUGCUGGAAAGCUGCAGGACUCGGACCGCGCUGAGGCGACGACACCGCUGAUGUGGCCUUUGGCGCUUCACCGCGUGCUGGUGGCACCCAAGGAAUCCUCCCAGGAGACCUUGGCGAUUGCGAUGCGAGGUGCAGGUUUGUUGGAGGACAGCGUCAGCGCUUUGAGGCAAAAGGGGAAAGCCCUCCAGGAAGAGCACUUCGCGGCCGUCGAGGAGGAGAUCGAAAAGGAGUUUGACGAGGGUAAGCAGGAUGUGGGCAAGGUCUCUGUGGCCACCAUCAUGACCAUCCUCUCCAAGACCAGGAGCUUCUUCGGUGCUGCCAGCUCGCGUGCUUUGAUGCAGGCGCGACGGAUCCUUCGGCGGAAGCAGGUUUUCAUCUACCUUCGUGGUCUCCAUAGCUCCAUCGUGCUGGGAGACAAAGAGGAGACGAAGUCUCGCCAGGGCGAGGCUGAAGAGUCGGAGUCUGAGGCUACGGAAGACAGCCACAGCGAGCUUGACGACGAGCUGCAGGAGAUGGGGGAGGAGCCGAUCGACGAAGAUCUUAUGAUCCAUUUGCCUCUGGAGCCGAUUCCGGAAGAUCGGCGCUACCCGCUUUCUGGGCUGACGAUCAUCAAGGUUCUUGGGCACUUCCGCGAGUAUGUCUACUUCUCGCAGAUGGCUCUCAUGUCUAUCCAGGUUCUGGGGGUGAUGGUUCGUUCCGCGAUCCGCCUCCACAGCAAGGCGAGCACGUCGGUGACAGCCAGAGGCGAUGGGUCCAAGACGUCAGCCACGCCAAUAGAGCAGGUGAUGCUCCGCCACGGCUUUGUCGAGUCUGCAAUGCGGGCACUUUACCGUCAUGCUGCUAUCCCGGAGAUAUGUCGCGAGGUGCUGCUGCUUUUGAAGUAUCUCGUGCAAGAUGACAUGGGCCACGACGAAAGCGUCAGGGCGCAGAUUCAGCUGCUCACUCCUGCGGAACGGCCCAUGACGCUUAUCCUUGCUAUGGCCAGGCUCAGCAACCGCCAGGACCGAUCGAAUCUCCUCCUAUGCCUGGAGGUCUACGUAUCCCUGGGACCACACUCCUUCGAAGCCGCAUCUUCACCUCUGCCUUCGCAGCCUCCGAGCCCGCGCUCUGCGCAGGCAGCGAAGCCGCCGUCACGGCGGAGUUCCAGAAGCCGGCGUUCCUCAGGGAUCGUUCCGUCGCUGCGACUGCCAGUGCAGAGGGAGGGCGAAGCUGCGGAGAUCUUUGUUACCAUUCUGCGUUCCCACUGGCAGGAUGAGGUGAUCACACUGAUCAUGCUCAAGAUCACGCAGUUUUCCUGCGGCUAUCUCUCCAGCGAUCUGCUUCAGGGAUACCAGGUGCAGCGGGAGCUCAAGGCGACCACCGAGACUCUGGCCCGUGCUGCAUCGCAAGCGGCGGCUUCUCGCUGUAUUGACGCGCUGGAGCAGUUGUGUUGCAUAGAAGAUCAUAAACCACGCUCUGGGCAAAAGCGUCCUGCUGGGCCCAAGCCUUCGGCCUCAUCGGACUACGCUUGGGUGUGGGUUUUGGUCGCUACUUUGUGCAACUGGCUUAUCGGAGGGCUGGUUUCGCUGUGCUACUUCUGUUGUCGGCGAGUCCCAGCCGUGGUCGAGAUUGAAGAAGAAGAGGAGUCGCCUGGCUCCCCGGUGGAGCAACGAGCUUUGGCCCAGCAGCAAUUGGCUGCCUUGUUAGUACUGCAACAUGCCGUCGACGAGGACUACGCGGUGGUAACUCCGGACCGGGACAUCUUUGUAGAGACUCUCUCUCUGGCGAAUGAUGAUCUCAGGGGAUUGCGCCUUUUGCCCAUCGGAGGCGCUAUGCCGGUGGGGCUCCGUGGGGGAUCGGUGUAUCGAUUACCGGCCCUCACAGCGCUUGACAUUGCUGGCUUCAAGGCACACACGGCCCCUGUGGUCGCGGCAGAGCUCGCCUUGAGGAUCGGCGGGGCGGCUGCGCCAGCCGCCCCCGUCGCUGCGGCCGCUGGUGCUGAUGGCGGCGCCGGGGGUGUGGCUGCACCGGUUGGAGCCGCUGAUCCAGAAGACUUUUGCUGGGUGGCCGCGGAGGCGUCCGGGGGCUAUAAGUUCGGGGACAUUGUUCAAGGAGUCAAUGUGGCGGCUGCCGAUGGUGCUAAGGCUGUACACAUGACGGCUCCGGGGGCAAGUUUGUUCGUCGCAUGCAUUCGUGGUCGUGAUCGGGAUGCUUUCCUUCGGCGCCCGGGUGGAUGGGAUCUUCGUACAGUCGAGCGAGUUGCAGAAGAGCUUGGUCGUUCUGAGGCCCCUUUGAAGGACGUUGUUAGCCAGUGUUUUGAGUCUCCGGUUGACUCUUCGGCUUGGGGGAUUCAGGAACAUUGGCAGCUCAGCAACGUGAUCAAGCAUGCGCUUCAAACCGACCAGCUCAAUGGAUGCAAUUUGCUUUCGCUUGAGGUCAUGUUCCGCCGGCUUCAGACGAUUGAAUAUGCUUAUAGUGAGAAGGCCAAGGACAGUGAGAGCCGUGCGGUUGGAGGGCGUCUCUCCCUGGAGGAGCAGCAGACCUUCGGGGGCACCACCCGACUUGCCUCUACACUCAUGGUGUGUCCGGAGCUUCUUGAGCACGUGAAGGCCGAGGUGGAACGGGAUGCUUCUUUGGCAAAGAACCUCCGUAAAGCUCGCGAAGAGCGUGAACUUGCCCGCCGAAACGCCAAGAAGGGCGGCAAGGCGGGCGAUGACGGUCAUGUGGUGAAGGAGGCGAACUUGACUAUCGCUGCUCUUAAUUCAAUGUACCAGGCCCCUGCCGAGAAGGACAGCUACUUGCGGGGGUACACUUUUGAUGGGGCCUCUGAAGCUCAGCGGGAGGUCCAGGCUUUUGUCUAUGACGCCGUUGUUAACAUGGGCCAACCACCGGCCUUUUCUCACACAGGGGCGCUUCGGCUGCUCCGUGCGGCGGGCGGGUACACAGACGACCAGGCUGUGGGCACCGUCGCCGGCUAUGAUCCCGAGAAGGUCUCACUUCCAGAAGCAGGGUGGCAACCUAUUCCUCUUUCUGAUUUGUGGGGCCCAACCGGGCGGGAACGAGUUCAUGACUUCGUUCGGCAUCAGCUUCUGCCUCCGGAUGAGGCGCAGGAGCAGGUUGCAAAGCUUGGGCUGAAAAAGCUCUACAUGGAUCCUCGGCUGAAGGAUCGCAGGGUUUACACACGUUUUCUUCAGCGCAUGCAGGCGUCGCACCUCGUGGAUUUCUCUCUGAAAAAGCCCUGCGAGGAGGUCGCCGUCUUCUUCGUGACGAAGAAGGGAGACAGACUUCGACUCAUAAUAGCGGAUUUGAAGGAUGCUUUUUACCACCUCGAGCUCCCCUUCCAGCUUCGCGAUUACUUUGGACUUCCGGGCGCCCGUGCAAAGGACCUCGGCAUCACCACCGUCGGCGGGGUCAGGAUCGAUCAGGACACCAUCGUUUACCCUCGCCUUUCAGUGGUGCCGAUGGGUUGGAGCCACGCCCUUUACUUGUGCCAAAGCAUUCACGAGUCCCUCGUUGAGCAGGCCGGCCUCGGUGACAGCAAUCGGCUGCGUGAUCGGCGUCGGGCACCCAACAGCCACUGCGCUCACACUCAGUACGUUGACAACCUUAUCGUCAUGGGUACCGCGGCGGCUGAGGUGAAAAGUCGUUUUUCUGCAGCGGUUCAGUCCUUGAAGAGUGCCGGGCUCCAAGUACAUGAGGAGGAGACCUCAACAGGGGAUAGCACCGUGCUGGGCUGGGAGUACACCGCGGGUGGCCUUUUCAGGCCCACUCGAAAACGGGCGUGGAAAGCCCGGUGUGCCAUCAGAGAGCUUCUUCGACGAGGCAGGGCUCGUGGGGAAGUGGUUGAACGACUGCUCGGCCACCUCACGUUCCUCAGUCUCUGCCGUCGGGAGGCUUUGUCGGUGUUUGGUGAGAUUUACAAGUUUGUCAAGGUGCAUCGUCGAUGCCCAGAGGAGGUUGUGAUCCCUAAGAGCAUCUUGCAGGAGCUUCGCAACUGGGAUGGGAUCCUGCCCUUGCUCUUCAAGGACCUCCGUUGCGAGUGGGCGGAAGGCCUGUCAGCUGUUGAUGCGUCCGAGUUCGGGCUCGGCAUGACACGGGCCGAGUGCUCGGCGCAGGAUGUGAAGAGACUGGGUGGGGUCGCUGAACGGUGGCGCUUCAAGGAGGCACUGCCCAACCCUCGGGCGGCGGCUUUCAGCACAGUGACUAGCCAAUGCGAGGUGAUGCCGCCCUUCGCCCUGGACGAGGACGAGGAAGAGGAUCGCCUUCACCAUCGGCGUGAUGAUCCCCAGUUUUCUCCUGUGCCCUUUGAGGAUAUCGAUCGGGCUUGGACGACGACUGGGAUGCAUCGAUGGAGACGGCCUCUCACUCUCCCUGUCGCUGAGGUUGCUUCACUUGCCCUUUGCACCGGCUCUCAGUUCUUCCUGAGGUGGAUCCCCUCUGAGAUGACAAGCUCCUCGGCCAUGCUCCUGCGGGGGCUCCUGGGCAACAGUGCUCUCACCAUGGCCGAUGGCAGCGUGGCCAAGAAAAGGAAACGGGCCCCUGCGACAUCGAGGGGGAGAUCGACCCCAUCCUCGGCCACGGCGGGCCCAGCGCAGGCCUCCCUCCAGCUGGAGACGGAGGCGAUCCCCAGAAAACUGAAGAAGGAAAGGCGCAGGGCAGCGAGGCAAAGCAUGAAUCGGUCGUUGGAAAGCCAAACUAUUCUGCAACAGGCUUCCGUUUCUCCCGAGUGCCUAGCCAGGUACAAGAGACAUUGGGAGGAGAUGGAGCCAAUGAUGCUGGAUGGACGCGGGCGUCUGCGGGCCCUUGCAAGAAUCGAUCAAGCCUUGGCCGAACACCUGGAGGAUCUUUACCGGGACGGGGAGGAUUUGGCCACGGCGCGGUAUGCUGUGGCAGCGGCGCUCUUCUUCAGACCGGAGCUCGGGUCGCCGGCAAUGACUCACCUUCCGAAGGUGAAACAGAGCCUGGCUGGGUGGAGCAAGUUGUGCCCUCCCAGGAGUCGCUUGCCCAUACCGUACGCAGUGGUGGCCUUGCUGGCGCUGCAUGCAUUGAGCUUGGGCCUUCUGGAAAUCGCAAUCUACCUGCUCCUGACCUUUUCUCUGUACAUGCGGCCGAGCGAGGGGCUCCGCCUCCGAAAGAAGGACGUAGUGAGGCCCAGCUCACGACAGGCUGGGUUUCAACACUGGUCGGUGGUGCUCCAUCCCUUGGAAGUCGGCGUGUGCUCAAAGACGCAGGAGUUCGACGAGUGCCUGCAGUUGGAUCUGCCCUACCACCAGCCGUUGGGACCGGCCACUUACAAAUUACUGCGGCUACAUCAGAAGCGAGGGGAGGAGCACAUCUUCACCAUCACGCUGGAGAAUGUCACCCAGUUCCUCGAGCGGGCUCAGAUCGAACUCGAACUCAAGGGUCUGGGGGAGCUGCAACCAUAUCGUUUGAGGCACGGUGGUGCCAGUCACGACUUCGUCAGCAAGCUGAGGGACCUGGCUUCCAUUCAGAUGCGGGGAAGGUGGAGAUCUCAGAGCUCAGUGCGACGAUACCAAAAAGGAGGCCGGCUGACUCAGCUGAUGCAGACGUUGACGCCGCAUGUCAAGAGGGCCGCCGAAAGCGCCGUUCGAAAGCUUCCGGCGGCACUUGCUGGCCUGCCUUGA